UGGAGGAGAGAAGAUGGCGGAAGCGGAUUUUAAGGAGCAUCAUACAAGUAUGGAUAAUGAUGCAAACCCAGGAACGUCAUCGGUGUCUACAGCGCCUAGCAGUACAGCCACCACCACUAUUAGCACUUCCUCCUCAAGAACACCACAACCACAGAUCUCUGUUUAUAGCGGCUCUGACCGACAUGCUGUACAGGUCAUUCAGCAGGCCUUGCACCGCCCCCCGAGCUCUGCAGCUCAGUACCUCCAGCAGAUGUAUGCAGCCCAGCAGCAGCACCUCAUGCUGCACACGGCAGCUUUGCAGCAGCAGCACCUGAGCAGCUCCCAGCUUCAGAGCCUGGCGGCCGUGCAGGCAAGUCUGUCCAGUGGGAGACCAUCUACAUCCCCUACAGGGAGUGUCACACAACAGUCAAGCAUGUCCCAGACAUCUAUCAACCUCUCUACUUCUCCUACACCUGCACAGUUAAUAAGCCGUUCCCAGGCUUCCAGUACUACCAGCAGCAGUAUUACCCAACAGACUAUGUUACUAGGGAGCACAUCCCCUACCUUAACGGCAAGCCAAGCUCAAAUGUACCUACGAGCUCAGAUGCUGAUUUUCACACCUGCUACUACUGUGGCUGCUGUACAGUCUGAAAUUCCUGUUGUCUCGUCAUCAUCGUCAUCUUCCUGUCAGUCGGCAGCUACUCAGGUUCAGAAUUUAACGUUAUGCAGCCAGAAGUUGGGUGUAUUAUCUAGUUCGCAGAAUGGCCCACCAAAAAGCAGUAGUCAAGCUCAGUCAUUGACCAUUUGUCAUAAUAAAACGACAGUAACCAGUUCCAAAACCAGUCAACGAGAUGCUUCUCCAGAAAGCAAUAAGAAAGGAGAGAGCCCCAGUUUGGAAUCUCGAAGUACAGCUGUUACACGGACAUCGAGUAUCCAUCAGUUAAUAGCUCCAGCUUCAUAUUCUCCAAUUCAGCCUCAUUCUCUAAUAAAACAUCAGCAGAUUCCUCUUCAUUCACCACCUUCCAAGGUGUCCCAUCACCAGCUGAUUUUGCAACAGCAGCAGCAGCAGCAGCAGCAAGUUCAGCCACUUCCCCUUCAGAGUCCGAGUCAGGACCCCCCUGCCUCCCAGCACUGUGUCCCCAUGCCGAGCCAUGGCCUCCCUGCUGCACCAAGCGGUGCCCAGGCCCAGCACUGUUCACCACUUCAGAGCCACCCACCUCCUCUCCCAGUGUCCCCCCCCCAGCCACAGGCAGCGCAGCAGUCGGUCGUGGUGUCCCCCCCACCGCCCCAUUCUCCCAGCCCGUCUCCAGCGAUCAUUAUUCAUCCACAAACACUUAUUCAGUCCCAUCCUCUUGUGUCCUCAGCUCUCCAGCCAGGGCCAAGCUUGCAGCAGCCCCCCACUAAUCAGGUGCAGCCAACCGCCCAGCCGCUGAAUCUUCCAUCUCAUCUCCCACUUCCAGCUUCCCCUGUGGUGCACUUGGGGGCCGUCCAGCAGUCCUCUUUGGUGUCCCCAGGGCCGCAGAUUGUCUCUCCCACAGCACAUCAGCCAUACUCUGCACUGCAGUCUCCUCCGAUCCCACUCGCGACACCCCCCCAGCUGUCGACAUCUCCUACAGCCCAGGUCCCAGCACUACCCUUGCAGUCUGUGCAGCCUGAAAUUCUAUCCCAGGGCCAGGUCUUGGUGCAGAACGCUUUGGUGUCAGAAGAGGAGCUUCCCGCAGCAGAAGCUUUGGUCCAGCUGCCCUUUCAGACUCUUCCACCACCACAGACUGUCGCAGUCAACCUGCAAGUGCAGCCACCUGCCUCUGUUGAGCCGCCAGUGGUUUACCAAGUAGAGGAUGUGUGUGAGGAGGAAAUGGCUGAAGAACCAGAUGAAUGUGUCCGCAUGGACAGAACUCCACCACCACCUACUCUGUCUCCAGCAGCCAUAACUGUGGGCAGAGGAGAGGAUUUGUCUUCUGAGCAUCCUUUGCUAGACCAAGUGGAUCUCCCUGCAGUGGCAUCAGUCAGUGCAUCAGUGAUUAAGUCUCCGACAGACCCUCCCCAUGCCUCAGUGCCCCCGCCUCCACUUCUGCUUCCAGCAGCUGCCACUCGGAGCCACAGCACAUCUCUGCCCAGCAGCGUUCCUAAUGUUGAAAACAAACCUCCACAGGCUAUUGUGAAACCACAGAUCUUGACCCACGUUAUUGAGGGCUUUGUGAUUCAAGAGGGCUUGGAGCCAUUCCCUGUAAGUCGUUCAUCUUUGCUAGUAGAACAGCCUGUGAAAAAAAGGCCCCUUUUGGACAGCCCAGUCAUGAGUGGCAUGUGUGUCCAGGCAGAGCUCCAGAAUAAUACAAAGCAUGCUGAUAAUUCAUCGGACACCGAGAUGGAAGACAUGGCUGCUGAAGAGGGAUUAGAGGAAAUGGACAGUGAGUUGCUCAAGUGUGAAUUUUGUGGGAAGAUGGGAUAUGCUAAUGAGUUCCUACGUUCAAAACGAUUCUGCACUAUGUCAUGUGCCAAAAGGUACAAUGUUAGCUGUUCCAAGAAGUUUGCACUUAGUCGUUGGAAUCGUAAGCCUGAUAAUCAAAGCCUUGUGCAUAGUGGCCGUCGUCCAAGUGGCCCUGACGGGGCAGUGCGAGAACAUUUUCCUAGGCAGCUUCCAAUUACUUAUCCAUCUGCAGAAGAAGGCUUGGCUCCUCAUGAAGAGCCUGUGCCAACCGCUAUGAUCACUCGUCUGCGAAGGCAGAGCGAGAGGGAGCGAGAGCGCGAGCUCCGGGAGGGCCGACUGCGGAAGAUGCCCGACAACAGUGACUUGCUCCCGGUGGCGCAAACAGAACCAUCGAUAUGGACGGUCGAUGAGGUGUGGGCCUUCAUUCAUUCUCUGCCGGGUUGUCAAGAUAUUGCAGAUGAAUUUAGAGCACAGGAGAUUGACGGACAAGCUCUUCUUUUAUUAAAAGAGGACCACCUUAUGAGUGCAAUGAAUAUCAAGCUAGGCCCUGCCUUGAAAAUCUGUGCACGGAUCAAUUCAUUGAAAGAAUCCUAACAAGAAUGCGAGGUUUUUGAGACGACAUUUUUGCUUUUAUCAGAUUUGUAGUUGUAAGCUAAUGUCUUCUCUCACAGCAUUCACACCCUCUCCUCCAGAUCCAGGAACCUACCAAGGCUUCCAAGAAGCCAGCAUUCCUGAAAGAAAUCUUAUAGGUUGAUAAAGUGCAGAUACCCCUGAAGGCACGGUAAGCUAGAGGGUGGCCCCAGGAAGAGUAUACACAGACACUCUCUGCGUAGUAUAGAAUGUGUGGGGAAGAUGCUUGUUACAUGAUGAUGUAAAUAGAUCCUCCUUAAAUUCCCCUUCGGCCUGAUUUAGGGUUACCUCAAAGGCAGGUUUCAGGUUCUAGAAGAACAUGCCAGGAGAGGUGAUAGAAGUAUCAAAAGUUAUGUCAUAGACAUUCGUGGUGAGUUUUCCAGACUUGGUGAACAUAUCCUUGAGAAGGUUGUUGUCUUCACGGGGACUAGAAGUCAGGAGACCUGAUUUCUUUUCUUGACUUCACCAUUGAUAUAUUGUUUGACUGAGGAAAAAAAAUCACCUUUCCCUGCCGUUUCUCUAAGCAAAAUGGGGUUAUAAUACUUGCCCCCAACAAUGAGAUGUUUUAAAAAACAUAGGAAAGGUAAGAUGUAGAAUGUGUUUUCAAUUGUUCAGGAAAAAAAAAGCUGCCAACUAAAUUCAAGACGGUAAUAUUAGUUGUGUAAUAUAAAAGCUCUGUAUAGUAUUUUUGCAAAUUUCAUGCAUAGCAGAAAAUGGAAAUUUCUCAUUCUGUUCUUCAAAAUGUAGCAGUACUGACACAACAGUGUUAACAACAGCCAGACUGCACUGGACCCCAUGCAUCUCUUUGAUAUUCAUGGGCUUCUGUGCCCCAAUGAAGGCUGAAGCACGAUGUCCUUGAGCCUUAAUGGACUGGUGCCCAAGCACUGCCAGGCAGGCAGGGAGGAGGAGCAGGGGAGGCUUCUCUUACUGCUUUUGGGGUGGUUUAGUGGACCAACAUGUUGGUACUAGGAAGAAUGGAACUUCUCCUUUUCCUUUAGUAGUUGACAUAGCAUUUGCCAGGUGAUAGCUCCUGGAUGUUCCUGCCUUUUCAGAGCUAUGAACUGCUCUUGUGUGCCACAAGGAGAAAAUGUAUUUUAAAAAUUCAAAUGUCCCAAUUCAGAAAGUUAGGGUUCUGCAGUGUUACAGAAAGCAGUGCAAAUUCUGUUGAAUAAUAAUGAUAAAUUGCUAGCAUUUAUAUAGGUCAGUAAGGGAUGGACACACACA